AUGAUGGACCCCAACGUGUCUGGAGGUUCAUCCGAGACAACUAUCGAGAGCCAGGAAGAUUAUGAGAUGGUGGACACCACCGUGUCUGAAGGUUUGCCUACUAACAACAAUCUUAAGAUGAUGUUCGUCUCCGGAGAGACAGCAGAACCGUCCCCUGAGACCACUACUUUGAUUGAAGAAAUUACCCGCCAACAAGUGAUCGAAAUUCUUAGCCGUAGCACGGCAUUGGCAACUCGCCGCGGAGUUCGCUCGAUCUCUACCGAUGACCUGAUUUUCUUGAUUCGCCAUGACAAGGCCAAGGUUUCCCGUCUGAGAACCUUCCUUUCCUGGAAGGACGUCCGCAAAAACGUCAAGGACUCUGAUGACAAGGGUGGUGGUGACGCUGCCGACUUUGCUGCCGCCGACGAUGCGGCUGGUGUUGUUGCAGGCCCCCAGGACGUUGCCCCCAAGCCCAAGAACAAGCGCGCCAAGGUCGGACUUGCAUGGGAUGUCAACAGUUUCUACUCAGUUCAGGUCCCCGAGCGUGAAGAUGAAGAGGACGAAGAAGAGGAGGAGCAGAACUAUGCGACUCUCCAGCGUCUUGCCGCCGCUGAUGAACGUACCCGCAACAUGACCAGAGAGGAGUAUGUCUUUUGGUCCGAGUGUCGCCAGGCUUCCUUCACCUACCGCAAGAGCAAGCGUUUCCGCGAAUGGGCAGGCUUCGGCAUUGUGACCGAAUCAAAGCCAAACGACGACAUCGUGGACAUCCUUGGAUUCCUCACAUUCGAGAUCGUCCAGACCCUGACCGAACAGGCACUCAAAGUUAAGGAGGCCGAGGAUAAUGAGAAGCACCGUCGUGGUGGCGCUGAAGCUGGUGAGAACCUCAAGAAGCGCAAGCGUGAGACCGGUCUAUUCGACCCCCCUGAGGAGGGGCGCACACCUAUUGAGCCUCGACACGUUCGCGAGGCCUACCGUAAGCUGCAGGCUACUCCUCAGAAGUCGAUCGCUAUGCUGUUGCACAAUGGCCGUGUUCCUCCCCGCCAACCUCUUGCUUUGAUUUAA